ACUCUGGGCCAUUCUGUCUGAUCUACGGACAGAACUUACAUUGCUGUUGGAGCUUGCCGGAUACCACAAGCGUGGUCGUGAUAGCUUCCAACACAUGACGUUGAGCUCAUAGCUUCUUGAUUAUCAUUUCCAAACUAUAUUUAUCUAUAGCCACCUAUAUAUUCCUUAUUACACAUCUCUCCUAAUUGGACCAACGAACAGAUAUUGCCAUACUACGGGGCCGAAGCUUCCCCUCCCCCAUCCGCCAUGAUGGACGUCGCCACUCUCGUGCAGCAAAUGCACGACAACCUGUCGCAAAUUCACCAGACUGUUGCUGGCCUGAAUACCGACUCUCAUAACGCGCGGCUCGACGAACUAGAACAGAAGCGGGACUCCAUUCUCGCCCAGCUGCAGACCAAUUAUGAACGUGAACACGAAGAACUCGAAUCCAAGCGACGGGCCGAGACGGAGGCUAUUUCCGAGCAGAGGCGCAAAGAAGACGCGGAGCGCGACGCGAGGCGGAGGAGAGAGGAUGAGGAUUUGAGGAAGAGAGCCAGAGACGAGGAUGAGCAGAGGAAGAGCAAGUUUGAGGGCGAGAGGGAGGAAGUAGACGAGGAGAUAGAGCCGCUUAUGGAUGAGGUGGAGGAAGAGGCUAGGAAGGUCAUUGGGGAAGGAGAGAGGAGGUUGAGGGAGUUGCAAGAGAGGAGGCUGGAAAUCAACUGCCUAAUCGAUGAACAGCUCAAGAUGCCGCUGCCGACUCCACCGGCGCGCAAGAGGAGACGGAAUACGGCCUCUAGGGGCACUAGUGGUGGUGCAUUGGCCAAUGUUGCGCCUCCCGAAGCGAACAGUCACAGAACACUCGCCCCACUAUCUGCGCCGGAUCAAGAACGUUCUUUGGGUAAUAAUGAGAAGGCGCCUGAGGAACAUACAGAGCAAGAUAUAGAUCAGGAGCAGCGUGAGGUUGACACUGCGCCAACUGAGGGGAACGAGGCGUCGUCUCAUGGGGUGGAUGCGAGCCCCUCUCACGAGGCCGAUGUGACGUCGCUUCCGCAGAACGAGAAGUUGCCGGCGCAAGAGAUCGCUGCAACUUCGGACAGGGGAGAAUUGAUGGGUAAUGGUAAAAAUAUUGUUCCUGAGAACACAGAAGACCUGCCCCAGGCUCGAGACUUGGACACCUAUUCCAACCACGGCAAGAAUGAUGAGCAAGCGGAAGAUACACUACAUAACGACCUGCCUGCUGUAGGGGACGUACAAAAGGACCGGCCGCUGGGCCAAGACCUACCGGAAUCCCAUGAAUCUGCCAGCGACGACGAAAGUCCACCGGCCCACGACGAGAGUAUCGAGUUGCUACGGGACACAAACGUCACUGCAUCCGACAAUUCGCACAGCAGAACAGGCCUAGAGACCCAAGAUGCGCAGGCUCCAACCUCGGGUGAUCGCAGUGUAUACCCCGAGGGCUUUACUCCUCAGGACCUCGACCAAGGCCAGAACUACGGUCAACCCUCGCACGAGGACGCUGAUGAGACUUCUGUUCCAGAUCAAGAGGGCACCGGUCACGAGCUAGAUGAUAACGAUGUGCACAAGGACAUGCGACUCAAUCAAAAUCUUGAGGGUGAAGACCAACCUUCGCACCAGGACUCCGACGAAACGACUCUGCGGCAAGAGGAUACGAGUGACGAGAUGGAUAACGAUUAUAUUCAUAGGGCCAUGCGACCCCUCGAUCAAAGUCUCAAGGGUAAUGAGCAACCCUCGCAUGAGGACACUCAUGAGAAUUCGGCCCCAAAACAGGAGGAGGCAAGUCAAGACCUCGAUGAUGAAGAUAUGCACAGGGCAACGCGACUCCUUGAUGAACGUCUGCACGGUCAAGGUGAUGCCCCUUCUCCAAGAAUUGAAGCUCCUCGGAAUGAUGAUCUAGUGGAAGACGAGUCGGAGAAGGACGGAUCUGGGGAAGCUGAGCUAAGCAACGAGCUACAUAACGGAGACGUGCACAAGGCCAUGCGACUUCUUAACCAAAAUCUCCCGGGUGAGGCUCCUCGGGAUGAUAACUCAUUGGAAGAUGGGUCGCAGAAGCUGCCAAACGACCAUUCCGUGGAAGAUGAACCGGAGCAGCUGUACAUUGAUGACUCCAUUGAGGCCGAUCCUGAGUAUUCACUGAACGACUACGACCGAGGAGACGACCGUGCUCUGGCUCCCAGUAUUGGAGCUGGGCGUGGCCUGGAGCACUUGAACUAUGACUUUUUGGACGACCAAUCGAAGCAUCCCGCUCAACAAGGCUUGGACCAAAAUCCUCCCGCAGAUCAAACUAAGGAUACACCCAAAUCAAUACACGAAUCCAUAGACUUCCCGAAAGCAGAAGGUUCUCACAACCCAACAGGUGAUACCCAAAUCGAACACCACGACAACCCGUCUUUAAAAGCCUACUCCUCUGAUGUCGCGUUGGAACAGUCAGAGGAGCGGGAUGUAGACCAACUGUCAAUGAGGAAAGAUGAAGUGGACACUCAGGGUAAGGGAAACCCAGAUGUGGCAACACACCUCGAGUCUCAGACGGGAAACUUGGAAGCCGACCUCGACCCGCCAGUCGAGGGAGCAGAGAAGGUUUCAAGGCCCGUCUCGCGUUCUGGGAACGAGUCUCGGGAUCACGAUAAUGUUUUGAGUCGUGAUGAUGCUAGCGAGCGGGGUGAGGCUGAUGAAGUGGGACAGAUAACGUCCAAGUCUCCUGUAUUGGACUCAUCUGCUCAUGAUCGUGAACAUUCAAUUGAGAGUCGCCAUAACGAUGGCAGCUCCGAAGAUCAUGUCUCGAUUGACGACGUCGAUGAGACUGGGCGACCCAGUUCAGGCAUCUCGCAGAGACUGGGAUCCGAGUGGAAAAAUGACGCAACAGAGACGCAGAACGAUGUCGACGACGUUGCGUCGAAAAGUGGUGUAGUUGAGGGCGCUCACGACAGUCAAGCCAGAGUUCCAGACAGCCCAACUCGGUCAGCUCAAGCCGUUUCACGUCCGUCGUCUCCGGAUGAAAUUGAGGAGAGUCAAACAAUAAAAGGGUUGCCAAAUAGCCAAGAGGUUUUUGGAGAUUUGACUCGAAAUGACGAUGACUCGGCAGAACAUCAGGCUGCUCCCGGGUUGAUUAGACAGCUUGGCGAUGAGGACGUGUCUGGGCACGUGAAUACUGCGACGCAAGAGAUUCUCUCAGCUGAGAAUUUACAGGAUCGCGAUCAGGUUUCUGCUGUGCGCGAGACUGUAGCAGUCGAACACACUGAUUCUGAUGACGUGCCGGAACCCGAAGCUGACAACCUGAAGAUAUCAGAUGAAACUGCGUAUGACAUCGUCGGUGAAACCGAAAGCGCCGGCUCGGAGCAUGAGGAUGAUGAUCCUUCAGACUUGAAGGGUCACGACCAGGAGCCGUCACUUCAGUCUUGGGAUGACAACCAUCAGCUUGACGAAAAGAAAAUUACUGGUGAUAUGCGAAGUUCUGGACUGCAAGAGCACCACGAUGAAAUUACAGAACUUGGUUCACAAGAUCUUGAUGGAUACCCCAGGGAUACCCCAGCGUUACAGCAUGUUCAGGACGAUAAUCAGGUUACCGCAGUAUCACCAGGUUCUGCGCCUGGUAGCCGACCUAGAUCACCUGGGCUAGACUAUGAGGAUGUACAUGCCCAAGAGCCUGCUGAUCGAAAUCGCGAUCAGAAGCAACAGCCGACCGACGAUGACCUGCAGAGUUUAGGCGAGCCGGGCGAAGCUCGUGGUGACGGCCAGGUUCGACACAGUCUUACAAAACCUGUUAGUAUUGAUGGGGCGCCAUCUUUUCGUGAUCAAAUUCAAGACGAAGGCCUCAGCCACGUCACCAGCGGCCACGAGGGCGGAAUAGAGACGUCCGAAAAAUUGGAUGCAGAUCACGAAGCCCCCGAUAUGUCGACACUUGAGGACGAUAAGGCGAGACUUCAGCAAGCUGACAAUGUUAACGAUAAGCUCUCACCUGUCCAUGAAAGUGGAAUGAACAGCCCGCCACUCGAGGAUCACGACGGGAAGCCCGUUUCUGUUGAUAUACACGAAAAAAACGAGACGGGCAGCGACUCUGAGGGUUAUGAUGAUGAGGAUCGCAAUGAACCUCUUAACGAAUUUGGCGAUGAUGAGCUGGAGCUCAGCACACCGCGCUUGGACGUGUCCAAACGCCAUUGGGACGAAUUAUCGGAUGAGGAGAGUGUCACGUCGAAUGUUCAUUCUUCAGAGGAUGUGAAUGCCGCCAGUCCACAAGUUGGGGCCACGGGAAUCCGUGGUGUUGACGAAAUAGAAAACAUCCACAAUGACCAUCGAAGUGAAGGCAAUGACAUGGAGAAGCCUGGCGAGGGUGAGCAGCCGUUGUUGCCUAUCACGAGGAGUCGUGACUUGGAGACCGAGGACCAUCAUUUGCCAGAGCUUCUGAGAGACAAUGCGGCGCUGCCGAGCCAUGAUGACAACCGCAUGGAGAUGCAUGAUGAGGCGCAACAAGCGUAUUCUCACUCAGUGGAGGAGCAGGACUCACUUGCAGGAGGAAUGAUUAACGACCUAAAGGCAAGCGACGGAUAUCUGAGAUAUCUGCCUUCGCACUCUCCCGAUGCCACGGGCGAGCACAAACCCGAUCAGGCAGCGAGUGACAGCCAGUCGCAGAGGUCAUUCAGUGACGAUGGUGAUGUACAGGGAGGAGAAUAUGCCCUCCAAAGCCAUCCAGACGAUCAAAUCACGACAGACGACAGGAGAGAAACGUCGAGCCCCAGGCGGCCCGUUCGCCUUCACCUGAACAGCAACAAUCAUGGUCGAAAGUCAAGCACUACGAUGGAUUUGACUUCUCCGAGAACCCAGAUGCACCUGAACAUGGACGGCAAGGGUCGCUAGAUCGAGACGAGGAUGUCUCCGUUCCUCACAAUGCCCACACAUUCUCGCCCGGUAAUGAAGAACACGACACAGUACCGGGUCAAUUCGUUUUAUCUCAUCAUGGCAACAAUGAUGCACAACUCCACUCUCCUACAAAUCUCACCAUACACACGACGUCACAAGACUCCUCUUUGCCCCCAGACGUAGCGAGCCUGCCACAGGCUGUUGAUCCACAACAACCCGCCGACGAUUAUCUCUCUAUACCAGCCUCCGCCAGGAAAGGUUAUCACUCACCUUUGCCGGUAGAGAAUGACACUGUUAG